AUGGGUCGUGGUGGUGGAAAACUGAACAUGAAACUCAUUUCCGAUGAGCGAUCUCGCAAGGUUACGUUCAAAAAGAGAAAGGAUGGCAUUUUAAAGAAAGCUGAUGAGUUUUCAAUACUUUGUGGAGUAGAUACGUGCUUGAUAAUCUAUGGCCCAAAACAGUCUGAUCGUCGACCUGCCGAACUUUACACCCGACCACAAAACCCAGAUGAAGUUAAUCGCAUUAUUGAAAGAUUCAAGCUCAAUAACAAACCAGCUACCAAAACUUAUAAUUUGUCUGAUUGGUUGCUUGAGCAAAAAGGCAAGAUGGAUGCUAAAAUUUAUAAACUGAGGAGUGAUAUGUAUGAAACCAAGUACCCGACGUGGGAUGAUCGUAUCGAUGAAUUUUCAGAACAUCAAAUGGAAGAGCUUAUACAUGUGUUGGAUCAAAAGAUUGAAUCCGGGAAGAGAACACUCAAUAAUGUGAGGGCAGUCAGGGCACCAUCAAUAUUGUUGCUGGGUGGAAGCGAUGUUGCUAAUGGGACUAGCCAAAAGCUCUCUGAUCAUAUAUACGAUUAUGCACACUACCAUGGUGAAUAUGAGAAGGAAAAGCCUAGCUGUGUAGGUAUGAUGGAUAUGCACAUGCCCUUCUCACUUGAUCAACCUAUUAGCUAUUCUCAGAUGUUUCAAUAUGAUUCAAAUCUGCAUUCGAUGAUGACUGAUCCAUUGAUGCAAUAUCCAAGCACUUACUAUGAUCUAAGAAGAGAAAAUCAGAUGAUCCAGUCUCCUGCCGAGAAUUUAAUUAUGUUUAAUGGCACUCCAAGUUCUUCUAUGAGACACGAAGCUCCACUGAUACAGAAGCCUCUGUCGUACACUCCAUACCCGAUGAAUAUUUCGAGUGUUUCAACACAACUUGGAACUUCAGAAGUAAAGAAUAGUGAAGAUGAUUGA